ACAUAGGCGCAAUCAUAACUCUACUCUCCAGUAGCUGGUUAGCUUUGUCUAGGUUGUCUGGAAAAACCACCACAGCUUCGAUAGAGCAGUCCACAGCCUGACACAGUUCUAUGCCACGCCGGCAGCUGCCAACUAAACUGCUGCUGGACCCAUCAACACUUACACAGAAACACACCUCAACUGUAAAAGUAGAGAGAGAGAGAGAGAGAGAGAGAGAGAGAGAGAGACUUAAAUAACUUCAGAUCUGGUUGAUCAGGAGCAGAGGGUUCGGAUCUUGAAAGGAUCAUUUGGCUCAGUUUGGAACCAGACUGAUGGAGAUUUAAAGAUGGGAAACGUCCGCGCCAAAUCAUUGUUGCUGGGGAUUUCUCUUGGUCUGUUGGUCCUCUAUCUAAGUAAAGAAUUUUCUGCCAAAAGAGCCCUUUUGAUCCCCAAAACUGUGAGAGAGGAGAGCAGUGAAAUGAGAAGAUCCAUCAUGAACAUCUCCUACGUAUACUCCUUCCCAAGAUGCCAAAAAAACGCAUCUGCUGGAAAUGUGGAAGGCUUCAGCUCUCUUCCUCUUCUCAUUCAAGACUUUCUCUACCAUAAACACUGUCUACAUUUUCCACUGCUGCUGGACGUUCCUGACAAAUGCGGAGGAGCUGAUGAAUCUGCACAGGUCUUUCUUCUCCUGGUCAUUAAAAGCAUCCCUGAUAACUUUGAACGCAGAGAGGUACUGCGCAAAACCUGGGCUAAAGAGAGGCUGCACAAUGGUGUGCAGAUCCGGAGGAUCUUCCUCUUAGGAGCGACAGGUUCUGGUUUUGAAAGAGAGAGACAGAACAAACUUCUUGAACUGGAACAAAAUGAGUACAAUGACAUUCUUCAAUGGGACUUUAGAGACACGUUCUACAACCUCACUUUAAAGCAGGUACUCUUCCUAGAAUGGAUGGAUAGAAAUUGUCCGAAAGCUCGCUUCUUGCUAAAUGGUGAUGAUGACGUUUUUGCCAACACAGACAACAUGGUUGAGUAUCUCCAAGGCCUCAGGGACAAUGAUGGAAGCAAGCACCUCUUCAUCGGAAAUUUGGUCCAGUACUUAUGGACCAUUAGAUCACCAGGGAGCAAGUACUAUGUCCCAGUACAAGUGUAUGAGUCAAAUUUAUAUCCCCCUUAUUGUGGUGGUGGAGGCUUCCUCCUGUCGGGCUAUUCAGCUAUGGUCAUAUACAACAUGUCCAAGUCCAUCCCUUUUAUUCCUAUUGAUGAUGUUUACAUGGGGAUGUGUAUGGCCAAAGCAGGAUUAGGUCCAGCUCACCAUAUGGGUAUAAGGACAACAGGAAUGUACAUUCCCUCGCAUAAACUAGAUGAAUUUGAUCCCUGCUAUUAUAAAGAGAUUUUACUGGUGCACAGAUUCCUUCCAGCAGGCAUCUAUCUUAUGUGGCAAAGAAUAAAUGACCCCAAACUAAAAUGUGAAUCAGGGAAGAAAUCUUUUUGGUAGCAUUAAGCUCACUGGUGGUGUCAAUACCCUGUGAUCAAUUGACAGCAGGUAUAUGACACAGCCUAUAAUGUCACUGGUAGAGGUUUAACCUAAACCAGACAACAACAAAAAACAAUUCCAUUUAAUGAUGAUUGCGUCUGGCUGUGUGUUUUGUUGGUUUGUGUGACUAUGGGUUUAUGUUUUGAGUGGACUUGGUGUUGUAGUAUGUGACGUAUGUUAAGCGACGCAUUGUGAGUUAUUUACUAACGCCGGGUUCACAUCGGACGCUGAAGCGACGCCGAAGCGACGCUUAAGCUCAGCUACGCCUUAAAUAACAGCUGGCUCCCAUCCACUCCCAUGUUAAACCUUUGUGCGGGUCACACCGGAGGCUGAAGCGCCGCGCUGCACCAAGGCUGCCUAGCACAGUGCAGCGAUCGUUUCGGCGUCGAUUACAUUUUUGGCUCUUUGACGCGAGUGUAUCGCGCCAGGAAACACUCUGAAAAAUGAUUUUAAACGAUAUUGAUGACAUAUUUCAUAUGAUAUAAAUGAUAAAAUAUGCAUCCCAUAAUUUGAAGUCCCCUUCUGUUGUCCUGGACUUUUAAUUUUACCAAUGACAUUAUUAAAUGUCCCCCUCUGCCCAUCCACUACACCAGGGGUGUCCAAACUUUUUAUCCUGAGGGCCACAUACAGAAAAAAAUGUGAAAGUCUGGGCCAAUCACGCCGCCACGCCCCCCUGCGUGGCGCUACCUAGUGUCAAAACUGAGAAGUAAAAUACAGUGGGCCAUAGUCUGUUACAUUACAAUUAAUUUAGCUGACGCUUUUAGCACCGGACCGAUUCCCUCACGUGAGUGGAUCCUCACCUCCACUCCGGGAUAGUAUUUAGAAAGCUUCUUCAUUACUUGUAAGUGAUAUCCUGUGCGCUCUGUGCGCCUGAUGGCACACAGUCACGUUCACUGCAGCGAUGUGAUGAUACACGCACAGUGUUAGAAGAUACUAAUAAAACGUAUUAAUGACUCCGCUGUUAAAUGGAAUAUGAUUUUGAAGUUUUGUUUUAUAUAUUUUUUUUAAUUAAAAGGUUCGUGUGGAACAGAUGUGUCGCGCGAGCACAACCUAUCUGUUGGUUUUCUAAUUUUCAAGAUUAAACACUUGGAAGGAAAGGGUUAUUAUUAAUCAUUUGCGUGAAGGCCUUAUCUAGCUCAAACUACUUCUAUCUUUAUUCAUUUAGAGUUGAGUUAGACACAGACUAUAAGCUAAAAUAUUGAAAUCCUAACAGUUUUAAUGUAAAUGAAGUGGAUCAAUAAUCUUUUUCGUGCUGGAGUCUCCUGUGUCCUCAACACUCCUGCUGACCUGCUCUCACUCUCACAAAUAAACACCAACACUCAACUUCUGUGCAUUUAUUGUUUUACUAAUGUGUUGUAUGCACUGUAAAAAAGAAAAAGUUGAGAAAACGUAAAAUAUCAAGGCAACAUGAUGCAAGAGAUUUUUGAGUUUUCUCAACUUUUGCCUGCUGUUGUUGACUUAACUAAGGUUUUCAAGUUCUGCAAAGAAUUCUGCCAACUUGGAUCUUCUUGUUCACCUAAUUAGGAUAAUCAUGUGAGACUAAUAAAGAAAUUCUUGCUUGAAUGCCAUGUAUUUCUACCUUCACCAAACGCAGAUUUUUUUGUUGAAUUAAUAAACAAUUAUGCCCCUCAA